UAAGAAUUGAAAGAAAAAGUGAGAAAUCCUAGCAAAGGAGACUGCUAUGUCUUUAAUUAUCUGUGGAGAGACAGAACACCCCUGAACUUGGAAAAGCCACCGUGUGACAACUUUGAGGCUCUAACCCAGGAUGUUGCACUUGCUAGGUAAUUGAUCACCAUAGACCCAGGGAUUCUCGAUUCAUCGUGAAUCAUCAUGAAUAAUCAAAAAGCAGUGGCUGUGCUGCUGGCAGAGUGCAAGCAGGUGCUGGACCAGCUCUUGUUGGAGGCGCCAGAUGUGUCAGAAGAGGACAAGACGCAGGACCAGCGGUGCAGAGCUUUACUCCCCAGCGAGUUAAGGAUUCUGAUCCAGGAGGCAAAGGAAAUGAAGUGGCCCUUCGUGCCUGAAAAGUGGCAGUACAAACAAGCAAUGGGCCCAGAGGACAAAACAAACCUGCAUGAUGUGAUUGGCGCCGGGCUACAGCAGCUACAGGCGGCCUUGCGAGCCUCCAUAGUGGCUCAGGACUGUGCGGUGGCCUCGGCCAUCGUCUUCUUGAUGGACAGGUUCCUGUAUGGACUCGAUGUUUCUGGAAAACUCCUGCAGGUGGCCAAGGGCCUGCAUAAACUGCAGCCAGCCACACCCAUCGCCCCUCAGGUGGUUAUUCGCCAGGCCAGGAUAUCUGUGAACUCAGGCAUGUGGUAUGAAGCGGCAGAGUUAAUAUGGGCCUCAAUCGCAGGAUACUUGACACUUCCUCAGCCAGAUAAAAAGGGCAUCUCCACAUCCCUUGGUAUCUUGGCAGACAUCUUUGUUUCCAUGAGCAAGAAUGAUUAUGAAAGGUUUAAAAACAAUCCACGGAUUAACCUGGGCUUGCUCAAGGAGUUUGAUCACCAAUUGCUGUCGGCUGCAGAAGCCUGCAAGCUAGCGGCUGCCUUCAGCGCCUACACACCCCUGUUUGUGCUCACAGCUGUGAACAUCCGUGGCACAUGCUUGUUGUCAUUCGCUAGUUCUCAUGACUGCCCUGCAGGCAUGAAAAAUGCGUAUCUGUGUGCAGCCCAAGAGGCCUUUGAGAUUGGCCUCCUGAGCAAGAAACAUGGUGAGCCAGUGACUGGCAAACAAGAGCUUCACAGCUUCAUCAAAGCCGCCUUGGGUCUCACCAUAGUGCACCGAAGACUGCACGGAGAGACAGUGGCCGUGUGUGCAGCGAAUGAACUCUGCCUCACAGCCAUGGGGAAGCUGUAUUUCUUUGGCACUUCCUUCAGAAGUCAGGACAGAGAAGCCCUCUCUCGGGAAAUCAUGACUGCUAUCAGCCAGGUGAAGGAUCUUUUCCAUGUCCAAAGUUUCUCAAAUUUAGAUGACAGAUCUUACGUUCCAGAGAGUUUCAAGAGUAGAUUGAAUAAACCGAUCUUGCGUGGGCAAGUGGAUUUCCAAAAAAUCCUUGAGGCCUAUUCACAGCACCAUACUUCAGUGUGUGAGGUUUUUGAAAGCAGCUGUGGAAGCAAGAAAGACCAACAGAAAGACACAAAAACGGGAGUCUGUGUCACUGCUCUAAAAACAGAAACAAAAUCCAUGGAUACGAUGAGUAUGACACAAGACAAUCCAUGCACUCAAGAAAGCAGGGGAAUGAACUCCUCCAUAAUGGCUGAGGAAGGUCGGGAGAGGCUCAGAAGGGCAGAAAGGAGAAACUGGACCCAUUCUGAUGCAUUCCGAGUCUCCCUGGAUCAAGGGAUGGAGACUGAGACUGAGCCGCCUGACCAGAGCAAUGGGAGGAGAGAUGUUUUGAACAAGUCCCAGAGUGACAGCCAGAGCUCCAGUUCUUGGAGCAAGUUCUCCGGGCUUAGUUCUUCUACGAGCUGGGAGGAAGUAAAUUACCAUGUGGAAGAAAAGUCCGUGAGACAAGAGUGCAGCAAAGAAGACCAUCUUGUUGAUACUCAGUGUUCGACUGCGUUGUCUGAGGAGCUGCAGGAUGACAAGGACAGAAGACCUAUGCACUUAUUGUCUCCACCAUCUCCUGGUCUCUCUCUCCAGGGAACCAAAGUUGACCAUUUAGAGGCUUCUCAGAGUCAGCUACACACACCGAUGCCCCUGACAACACCAACAAACACUUGCAACACCACAAACACUUGUCUGGCCUCUAGCCCAGGAUUAUUAGAAGGAGGACAAAACAGUAUCCCGGAAGUCAGACCUGAAGGACCUGGAAGUUCUUCAGCUCACUGCAGACCUUCCAGCACUUCCGUUUCUUGCCUUUCACUUGGUAAUGGCAGGUGCAAGUACCUGACUAGAUACCCAUCUAUCCAAGAAGAAGAAGCUUUUGAAAAAAUUGAUGUUUUUCCAAAGCCAAUUGGUGACUUCAGAAACUGGCACAGGGAAGAGAAGGGAAAAGAACUCACUGCAAGAUUCAAAGACUCUCUAUUUACAGAGAAUCCAUCCUGGGUUGACCCGGAAGGAGAAACUGCUGAACAUACAGAAGAUGGGUCCUUAGGCUUCCAAGCAGUCAUGGGCAGUGCUCAGGGCAACCAAUGCAGGUUGGUGUCUAACUCCUUCAGUCCUCAUUGGCCUGCUCAGAAUCUUGACUCAGGAAAGAAUGGUGGCUCAGUUGAAGAUCAGAAAAUUGACCCUGAUGCCACAACAGAGGAUGAGGAGGGUCAGUUGCUUGCCAGCACAGGUGUCUGCUCCAUUGGUGAACAUGGACUUUGUAGACCAUUCAUGGUGAGGCAAUUCUCUGCUCCAAGACCUGACACCUUCAAAUCCUGUCUAAGUGGGAACGCUUCCUUCCCGGGCAUCAGUGAGGACUGCACCACCACGGAGGAAGGGAAAGAAGCUGUAAUCCCACUCAACUGCAGCCAGAACUCCAGCUCAGCCCCUUUCUGGUGGCUGAAAUCACCUGCGUUUUCCAGUGGUUCUUCAGAAGGGGACAACUCAUGGUCCUUUCUAAAGUCCAGUAGAAGUUCUUCUGUUUCAGUGCCAGGAAUCACCAAGGAAGAGACCCUGGAGGCUCGAACCCUGCAAUCUGAUGACUUUGAAAAACUGCUGGCAGGAGUGAGAUGGGAUUGGCUACUGCAGAGACUGGAGAAUACAGGAGUUUUUAAGCCCUGCCAACUCCAGCGGGCACACAAUGCUCUUUUAUUAAAAUAUUCGAAAAAGUCUGAAUUGUGGACAGCCCAAGAAACUGCUGUGUAUUUGGGUGACUAUCUGAAUGUGAAGAAGAAAGGCAAACAGAGAAAUGCUUUUUGGGUUCAUUAUCUUCAUCAGGAAGAAACUCUGGGCAGCCCUUUAUUCUUAUUUCAAACAAAUAUAUUCUUUUCUCUUUCAGGCUGGGUGACUGGUAAUGGCAAAGGCCUCAUUUACCUCACAGAUCCCCAGAUUCACUCUGUUGAUCAGAAAGAUGUCACGACCAAUUUUGGAAAGAAGGGAAUUUUUUACUUCUUUAAGAACCAGCAUGAAAAAUGUAAUGAAAUAUGCCAUCGCCUUUCUCUGACGAGGCCUGCAAUAGAAAAACACAGCAAGCCAUAGACUGCAUGGGUCAUGUGAUAGUCUUUGGUGCUCACCAGCAUCAGGCUCUCUCUCCUUCCAGGCACAUGGGACAUGGCAUCACCUGGUCUUUUGAGGCAGGGACAGGCCAGGGGCUCAUUCUGGCCCAUGAUUUGGCUGAGGGUGGUAGGUGGUGGUGAGAACUGUGGCUUAAAUUUAGAGUCUUGAGCUUUCAUUCACAUUUUUGUUCAAGGCUGGCACUUUACCACUUGAGCCACAGUUCCAUUUCCGUGGCCAGUGGUUUCUGAGAGCAACUGAUGAGUGUCAAUGUCAGGCCUCAUUGAACUUCCAGAACAUGACACAGAGUCUCUUUCCUGCUGCCACCGUUAAGGAGAGUGUGUCAGGAGGCAGCCAUGGUAAACCUCCAUUUACAGUGAAGACAACUUGGAGAAGAACAGAGAGGAGCCUCAUCUGACCACGACCAAUACAAAGCUCUGCUGAGAAAUAAACUUUUUAUUGU